UCAUUCAUUAACUAACUACCUGUUAGACAAUCUCUGCGAUAGCUUACCUCUGCCCCCCCCGAUCAAUUCGAUCCCAUCACCUCGGCGCGUGCGAUUUAGAAUCCGUGUUUCAACUUGAAGCUCUUCGCUAGAUUCUCCCGACCUUUUUUCAGUUCUUCUCGAGCGAUUUCGAUACCAUAUCCGUCAACAUGCGUGCUUUCUUCGCCAUCUUUACUGCCGUCCUGGCCUUUUUCCAGGUCGCCGCUGCUAUUCCCCCGGCCUGUCUGUUGGCUGCUCUUGGUGUUCAGGACAACCCAUCCGAUUUGAAGGCGGUCUGUGGCGAUCUCCAGCAUGCCAUCCAGGGCAACUUGACCAGCAACUGCCACAAGGACACUCUCCCCGUGGCCUAUGGGGUCUACUCCUCUAAGUGCUUGGAGGAGGGUAUGACCGUUGCUAAGCUUCCCACUUCGACCUCUUCUGCUCAGUCUAGCACCGGCACUGCUUCUGCCACUGGUGUCAAGUCCGUGUCCGCUUCCGCUUCCGCUUCUGCUACCCCGACCGGUGACGCGACUGCUACCUCUGGACAAAGCGAAUCCAGCAGCACUACUGAAUCCGGCAGCACCCCUACCCCUACCGGCAACGCUGGCACGGCCACAGAGCCCAAGCCUUUCCUCUUCGCUGCCGCCGCGCUCUUGGCUACGGGAUUGACCAGCGUUAUCUUUUUGUAAACGACAUACCGAUGAAGUGGUGGCGAGCAAUAGAUUUAUUGUUUCCAGGAGGUGGUUGGUUUUGGAUUGUCUCAAGCGCGUUAUACCCCAAUUCCCACGGGCUCAGGUGAAUUAG